CCGCGGGACGCUCUCCACGCCGCGCACCCGCUCGCUAACUUUGGAUGAACUUUUUUUUGUGUUUUUAAAUAUUAUUAUAGUUUCGUGCAUCUUGCAAGAGUGAGGACGUUUUGUUUCAUCUUUCAAAGGAUUGCCAGUUUCCUGCCUUUUUUUCUUCUUUUUUUGCGGAGUUGAAUUAAAACUUGUGCAGGAAUCAUUGUCUCCCUUCAAGGAGGGUUUUCUUCUUGUUGCACUGGCACGCUGCGCGGGAUCAGAGGAAGAAGAAGAGCACUUGUGGAUUACUUUGGGACAGUGAAUGACGAGCUGCUCACUAACUAAUGCAGCGCUUUGGUGAGUGCAGUGGAUGCGUCUUCGGCAUGGACUCUGUCUGACUGACCAUGGCGCGCACAGGUAGGGGCUUGGGCCGCUUUCACUUCGUUCUGCUGGCGCUGUGGACUCUGUCGCGCUACUCCGCGUCCAGCCAGGUCCGUCAAGAGUUCCAGGUCCCGGAGGAGCAGCCCGUCGGCACCUACGUGGGUAAAAUAGAGACCAAGCCCAGCUUCUCUUACCGCUUCAGCGAGAACCACAAACUUUUUGCAAUUAACGCCACCACCGGAGUGAUUUACACAUCCUCGGUGAUUGACAGGGAGCUCCUGCAGAGUGAUGUCAUCAACGUGGUGGUGCUGUCCAGCCAGCCCACGUACCCAACCGAGGUGCGCAUAGUAGUUUUGGAUAUUAACGACAACUCCCCGGUGUUCCCGGACGCGUCCAUCGUCGUGUCCUUCAAGGAGGACGCCAGCAGCGGCCGGCAAGUGAUCCUGGACACGGCCACGGACUCCGACAUCGGGAGCAACGGAGUCGAUCACACCACGUACCGGAUAGUGAAAGGCAACGAGCAGAGGAGGUUCCGCCUGGAUAUUACGGUCAAUCCCAGUGGAGAGGGCGCAUUCUUGCACCUCGUAUCCACCGGAGGCUUGGACAGGGAAGUCACUCCCUUCUAUCAGCUGCUGGUGGAGGUGGAGGACAAAGGGGAACCCAAAAAGUUUGGCUACAUGCAAGUGAACGUCACUAUUCAAGACAUAAAUGACAACCCACCCGUUUUCGACCAAGAACAAUAUCAGAACAGCAUUUUUGAGGAUGCAACCGUGGGCUCAAGUGUUCUGCAGAUUACAGCGUCAGAUCGGGAUGAGGGAGCCAAUUCUGAGGUCAGGUAUUUUUUAGAUGAGGGAACACCUUUCCAAAUUGACCCCCAUGCAGGUACUAUUAUUAUGAAAGAGGGUUUGGAUUAUGAGAGUAAGAGGGAGUAUUCCCUGACUAUUCAUGCGGUAGACAACGGGGUGCCCUCCCUGUCGGGCAGGACAGAAGCCACCAUCAAACUUUUAGACGUGAACGACAACGACCCAGUGGUGAAGUUCAGGUAUUUCCCCACCACCUCUAAAUUCGCCUCCGUCGACGAAAACGCACAGAUCGGCACCGUGGUGGCUCUGCUCACUGUUUCAGAUUCAGACUCCCCCGCUGCCAACGGCAACAUAUCCGUUUCUAUCUUGGGAGGCAACGAGCAGAGGCACUUUGAAGUGCACACCUCCCCCGUGCCCAACUUGAGUCUCAUCAAAGUGGCCAGUGUGUUGGACAGAGAGCGAAUCUCCUCAUACAACCUGACUGUGUCGGUGUCGGACAACGGCACGCCCGUCGCCAGGUCCUCCUUCGCCAGUCUGGUCAUUUUUGUGAACGAUAUCAACGAUCACCCGCCCAUAUUCCAGCAAACACUGUACAGGGUGGAUAUCAGCGAGGACGUACCGAAAGGCAGCUACAUUAAAGGGGUUUCUGCAACCGACGGCGACUCCGGGCAGAACGCCAACCUGCGCUACUCCCUGGUGUCUGGAAACGCUUUGGGCUGGUUCUCCAUCAGUGAGAACAGCGGUCUGGUGACCAGCGCCGCUUUGCUGGACCGGGAGAUAGCAUCUGAAAUUGUGCUCAACAUUAGUGCCAAAGACCAGGGGCUGCAGCCCAAGAUCUCCUACACUAAACUGGUCGUGAACAUCACCGACGUGAAUGACCAAGUGCCCACGUUCACACAGGGCGCGUACCACGUCUCGCUGGCGGAGCACGCCGCCGCUGGCACCGAGCUGCUGGUGCUGUCGGCCUCGGACGACGACGUCGGGGCCAACGGAACUGUCCGCUUCUCGUUCGAUGGGGAGACCCCGGCCGCCGUCCAGCAGCUGUUCCGCCUGGAUGCGAUUUCGGGGCGGCUGAGCACGGCCGCCGAGCUGGACAGGGAGGAGCGGGCCUCCUACUUGCUCCACGUCCAGGCAGCUGACGCAGGCAGCCCCGCUUUGCACUCUGUAGGGAAAGUCAACAUCACGCUGAGGGACAUUAAUGACAAUAGGCCGGUUUUCUACCCGCUGCAGUAUUUUGCCAACGUGAAAGAGAACGAGCCCGAGGGCUCUUAUGUAACCACCGCCUCAGCAACAGACCCCGAUUUGGGCCGAAACGGCACGCUCAAAUAUAUAAUCACAGCUGGAGAUUCUUCCAAGUUUCGCAUCAAUAGCAACACAGGGAAAAUUACCACGCUCGUGCCCCUGGAUAGAGAGGAGAAGACCGCCUACCAGCUGCAGGUCACAGCUGCAGAUGGUGGAGGCCUGCGCUCACAGACCCAGGCCAUAGUGACUGUGACCGUCAUCGACACACAGGAUAACCCCCCGGUCUUCAGCCAGGAAGUCUACAGCUUUGUCAUGUUUGAAAACGUGGGCAUCGGGACGGUUAUAGGCACCGUGUCAGCCACCACCGUAGAUCUGAACACAAACAUUUCAUAUCUCAUCACCUCGGGUGACCACAGGGGGCUUUUUUCAGUGAACAGCGCAGGUCAGAUCACAGCAUCAAGCCAGAUAGACAGAGAAGAGCAGGACUUCUAUCAGCUGAAGGUUGUAGCGAGAGCUGGGGAGAUCACGGGAGAGGCCCUGGUGAACAUCAAGGUGAAGGACCUAAAUGACAACGGCCCUCGUUUCUUUCACGCCGUGGAGCAUGUGAGUGCAGUGGAAAACUGGAGCAUGGGUCACGUCAUAUUCCAGGCCAAAGCGUCGGAUCCCGAUGAAGGCACAAACGGCGUGGUGGUCUACAGCCUCAAGCAGAACCCCAGGGGACUGUUCCACAUUCACGAGAAGCACGGCCUCAUCACGCUGACCGGGCCGCUGGAGGUCACCACGAGCUCCUACGAGGUCGAGGUCACGGCGUCAGACACGGGGGUCCCCCGGCACAGCUCCGACCUCGUGCUGAUCGUCAGCGUUUAUGACGUCAAUGACAACUCGCCGGUAUUCGACCAGCUUUCGUACGAGGUCGUCAUCCUGGAGUCCGAGCCUGUCAACAGUCGCUUUUUUAAAGUGGAGGCCACCGACAAAGACUCCGGUCUCAACGGGGAGAUUAUGUAUGACAUCGCAGGGGGCAACACCAGGGAUGUGUUUGGCAUCUUUCCAGAUGGGCAGCUGUACAUCAAAGAUGAGCUGGACCGAGAGGCGCAAGACAGAUAUAACUUAGUGGUCGUGGCCAAGGACCGGGCCGUGGAGCCGCUGAGUGCCACCGUCAACGUCAGCGUGAUUCUAGACGACGUGAACGACAACCGCCCCCUUUUUAACAGCACCAAUUAUGUGUUUCAUUUUGAGGAGGAGCAGAGGAGGGGGUCGCUGGCUGGCCACGUUUUUGCUGAGGAUAAGGACUUUGGCCCAAACAGCGAGGUGAGAUACACAUUUGAGACUCCGCAGCCCAACUUUGAGCUGAAUGCCAUCACGGGGGAGUUGACCAGCACGCUACAGUUUGACCGCGAGACGCUCAUGAGACAAAGAGGCGCCGCCGUGUUCAGCUUUGUGGUCGUCUCGUCAGACCAGGGUCUCCCCAAGCCCCUCAGAGACCAGGCCAAAGUGCAAGUUUACAUUCAAGACAUCAACGACAACCCGCCUAAAUUCACAAAAGACAUUUACCAGGCCUCCAUCUCGGAGUCGGCUUCAAACAUGACUCAACUGCUGCGGGUCUCUGCCUCUGAUGUGGACGAGAACAAAAACGGAUUGGUUCAUUAUCACAUCUCAGAGGGGAACGAGGAAGGUCAGUUCACUAUUGAUAGCAGCUCCGGACAAGUAACUUUAGUGGGGAAGCUGGACUAUGAAUCUACAUCCUCCUAUUCAUUAAAAAUCCUAGCUGCUGAUGCAGGAGCUGUGCCCCUGACCUCCUCCUGCAUGCUGAGCAUCAGCAUCCUGGAUGAGAAUGACAACUCCCCCUCCUUCCCUAAAUCCUCUGUGUCUGUGGACGUCCUGGAAAACAUGAGGAUAGGGGAGCUCGUUGCCUCGGUGACCGCCACCGACGCGGAUUCUGGUCAGAACGCCGACAUAACGUACAGCAUCACGGCCACGAACAACCACGGCACCUUCAGCAUCAGCGCCAACACCGGCAGCAUCUUUCUGGAUAAAAAGCUGGACUUUGAAACUCAGUCACUCUACAAACUCAACAUCACGGCGAAGGACAAUGGGAGACCGCCCCGCUCCUCAUCCGUUCCUGUGGUCAUUCAUGUCAGGGAUUUCAACGACAACCCCCCAAUAUUUACUCCCGGGGACAUUUUCAAAUCCAUCCCCGAAAAUCUUCCCCUCUCAGCUUCAGUCAUGACCAUUGCGGCUCACGACACGGAUGCAGACAUAAACGGGCAGCUGGAGUACUCCAUCGUCCAACAGAUUCCCCGGGGGGGCCACUUCGGCAUUGAUUCAGGCACCGGACUCAUUUACACCAGCAAGGAAAUUGACAGAGAAUUUUCAAAUUUGUUCGAGCUGACAGUCAAAGCUACCGACCAGGCCGUUCCAGUUGAAUUCCGCCGCUUCGCCCUGAAAAAUGUCACAAUUUGGGUCACAGACUUGAAUGAUAAUGUCCCCACUUUUAUGUCUCAGAAUGCCCUCGUAGCUGAGCCCAACAUAGUCAUCGGCUCCAUCCUGACAACCGUGUUGGCCUUUGACCCCGACGAGGGUUCCAACGGAGAGGUGGAGUACGAGCUCCUGGAGGGGGACUCCGACACUUUCAUCAUGGACAGAUACAGCGGAGACAUCCGUCUGGCGUCCCAGCUGUUACAGUCCAGGCUCAUGUACACGCUCACCGUGUCGGCCACCGACCACGGCGACAGCCGCAAGACCUCCAGGACCGAGCUCACCAUCAUCCUCCAAGGGCUGGACGGGCCCGUUUUCUCCCAGCCGAAGUAUAUCACCAUCCUCAAGGAGGGCCAGCCGCCGGGCACCAACGUCAUCUCCCUGGACGCCUCCAGCCCGCGGGGCUCAGCGACCAAAGUGGAGUAUUUCAUCGUGGCCGUCCGCAGCGGCGGAAAAGCCGCGGGGCGCCUUUUCACCAUCGGCCGGCACACUGGAGUGAUACAGACGGCUGCGGAGCUGGACCGAGAGCAAGGCAGCGACCUUUACCUGGUGGAUGUGUACGCCAUCGAGACGGACGCCAGCCAGCCCAGGACGCAGCGUGCUGAGGUGGAGAUCACGCUGCAGGACGUCAACGACAACCCGCCGGUUUUCCCCAAUGAUAUUCUGGAUGUGACCAUUGAGGAGAACGUCGGAGAUGGCUUCAAAAUAAUGCAGCUAACAGCCGCGGAUGCAGACAAGGGUCCCAACGCUCUGGUGACCUACACCAUCGUCAGCGGGGCGGACGACAGCUUCCGCAUCGACCCCGAGUCCGGCGACCUGAUCGCCACCCGGAAGCUGGACCGGGAGCGGCGGUCCAAAUACUCCCUGCUGGUGCGCGCCGACGACGGGAAGCAGUCGUCCGACAUGCGGCUCAACAUCACCGUGAAGGACGUCAACGACCACACGCCCGAGUUCUCCCGGCUCGUGUACUCCUUCGACAUCCCCGAGGACACGGCGCCGGGCUCCAUCGUGGCGGCGAUCCUGGCCAGCGACUCCGACUCGGGGGCGAACGGCGAGGUCACCUACUCGCUGGAGGAGGAGGAGGAGGAGGACGAGGACGAGGCCUUCCUGCUCAACCCGGUGACGGGCGUCUUCAACGUGACGCGCCCGCUGGACUACGAGGCCCAGCGCUACUACAUCCUCACGGCCAGGGCGCGGGACGGCGGCGGCCAAGCCAGCGGCGUCCGGGUCUACUUCAACGUGCUGGACGUCAACGACAACGCGCCCGUCUUCAACGCCACGACGUACAGCGCCUCGGUGUCCGAGGGCCUGCCGCCCGGAUCCGCCGUGGUCACCGUCGGGGCCGCAGACGCCGACGACGGCCCGAAUGCCCAGCUGCUCUACAGAAUUGCGUCCGGAGAUUCCCAGGGACACUUUGUCAUCAGCAAGGACGGAGUCCUCCAGACCAAGAAGGCCCUGGACAGGGAGACCCAGUCCUUCUACAACCUGGUGAUCACGGUCAACGACCUCGCUCCUCCUCCCGCGGCCCGCUUCACCAGCACCGCCCAGGUGUCCGUCAUCCUCCUGGACGUCAACGACUGCCCGCCGACCUUCACCUCUCAGCGGAUGACCUACAUCCAGGAGAACGCGCCGGUGGACGCGGUGGUGUUCACCGCCCAGGCCGCGGACGCCGACAGCGGGCCCAACAGCUACGUCGAGUACUCCCUCAAAGGGCCCUUCAUCGGCAAGUUCAGCAUCGGCACCAUCGACGGCGACGUCCGCUUGGUCGGCGAGCUGGACCGCGAGGAGCUGUCCAACUGCACCCUGACGGUCGUGGCCACGGAUAAAGGCGAACCCCGGCUGUCCUCGACGAUGGACGUGACCGUGGUGGUGCUGGACGUCAACGACAACACGCCGAGCUUCUCGCAGAACAUCUACGACGUGGAGAUCGGCGAGGACACCCUGACCGGGACCGACGUCCUGCGGGUGUUCGCCAGCGACGCGGACGAGGGCACCAACGGGCAGGUCCGGUUCUCCGUCUCGGGGGGCGGCGACGGAAACUCCGACUUCCGGGUCGACUCGGUCACGGGGGUGAUCUCGGUGGCCAGGCAGCUGGACCGCGAGGCGCGCGGGUCCUACUCGCUGGUGGUCCAGGCCGCCGACCGAGGCAGCAGCCCCAAGGCGGACCGGGCCACCGUCAACAUCGUGCUGUUGGACGUCAACGACUGCCCCCCCGAGUUUGAGCUGUCUCCUUACACCGUCCACGUUCAGGAGAACCUGGAGAACCUACCGGAAAACAUUCUGCAGGUCGUCGCCAGGGACGACGACCAAGGCGCCAACGGCCAGCUGAGCUACAUGCUGAGCGGCGAGAACGACGAGGGCGCCUUCAGCCUGUCGUCCAGCGGUCAGCUGAGCGUGACCCGCACGCUGGACCGCGAGGCCCAAGGGACGUACGUCCUGCUGAUCACAGCCACCGACUCAGGUUCUCCGUCUCUGAGCGGCACGGGGACGGUGACGGUUGUGGUGGACGACGUGAACGACAACGUGCCCGUUUUCACCGCCUCGUCCUUCCACACCACGGUGAUGGAGAACGCCCCGACGGGGGCCGACGUGCUGCUGGUCAACAGCUCCGAUGCGGAUGUGGGCGUCAACGGCGUGAUCAGCUACAGUCUGAGCGGAGGACACGGACAGUUCUCCAUCAACCCGGCCACAGGGCAGAUCAUCACCAGCUCCCUGCUGGACCGAGAGGACCGGAACAAUUACCAGCUGCUGGUCGUGGCAACAGACGGAGGACAGCCUCAGGGCUUGUCCAGCUCCGCCACCGUGUCGGUGACGGUGGCCGACAUCAACGACAACCCCCCGCGCUUCCACCACCACCCUUACGUCACCCACAUACCCGCCUCCACGGCAGCAGGGUCGCUGGUCUUUGCCGUUACUGUCACCGACGAGGACUCAGGCUCCAAUGCCCAGCUGCACUACUCCCUCGUAGGGCGCAACUCGGACAAGUUCAAGAUCGACCCCAUCAGGGGUGCGAUCACGGCCAAUGAGAAGCUAACGGGGAACUCGGAAGUGACUCUGACGGUUCGAGUGAAAGACGGCGGCGCGAACCCCAGAACGGACACGACCACGGUGACGGUCCGCUUCGUCACCGGAGGAAGCUUCCCCGUCAUCAAGCUGACGGAGCGUGCGUUCACAUUCCCGGAGAGCCAGCCGACCAACCACGUGGUCACCACGGUGACCGGGUCCUCUAUGAGGGGAGGGCCACUGUCGUAUUACGUCGCCAGCGGCAACCUGGAUAACGCCUUUCAUGUCGACCAGCUGUCCGGCGAGUUGUCCAUCAGACAUCCCUUAGAUUACGAGCACGUUCAGAAAUACGUCCUCUGGAUUGAGGCCAGAGAUCAGGGAUUCCCACCUUAUUCCUCUUACGAGAAAGUGGAACUAACCGUGCUGGACGUGAACGACAACCACCCGGUGUUCGAUAAGGAUCCCUUACACGCUGAAAUACUGGAGAACCUCGCGCCUCAGCGGGUGCUGAUGGUCUCUGCGGUCGAUCUGGACAGCGGGCCCAACGGGCAGCUCGAAUACGCCAUCGUCGACGGAAACAAGGAGAACAGCUUCAGCGUGAACAGAGCGACCGGCGAGAUACGGACCACCAGGCCGCUGGACCGGGAGAAGGCGGCUCAGUACGCUUUGAGGGUCAAAGCCACCGACCGCGGGUUGCCACCCAAAAACACGGCGGUCAACGUGCUCAUCAGCGUGCUGGACCUGAACGACAACGCGCCCAGGUUUUCCAAGAUCUUCAGCGCCGCGGUGGCCGAAAACGCCCCGGUGGGCUACACCGUCACCAGGGUCACCACCACAGACGAGGACGCCGGCUCGAAUGCCGUUAGCCGAUAUUCCAUCACUGACACCAGCCUCCCGUUCAACGUCAAUCCAAACACAGGAGACAUAACAAUAAGCAGGCCGCUUAACAGAGAAGACACGAGCCAUUACGUCGUCAAGGUGUCGGCCCACGACUCCGGCUGGACAGUAAGCACCGAUGUCACCAUAUUUAUUACGGAUGUCAACGACAACGCCCCCAGGUUUAGUCGUCCCUCCUACUAUCUGGACUACCCUGAGCUCACGGAGGUGGGCUCCCUGGUCACACAGGUGUCCGCCACAGAUCCCGACGAGGGAUUCAAUGGCAAAAUCUUCUAUUUCAUUAGGUCCCAGUCUGAGUUUUUCCGAAUCAACGCCAGCUCCGGGGAGAUAUUUGUGAAGCAGCAGUUGAAGUAUCAGAACUCGACGGGCGCUAGUAGCAUUAAUAUAAACCGCCACAGCUUCAUAGUCACAGCCUCGGACCGGGCGCUGAAGCCUCUGAUGAGCGAGACGACGGUGAUUGUGAACAUCGUGGACAGCAACGACAAUCCGCCCGAGUUUAAUUCAUCGAGCUACUUCACCCCGGUCACCAAAAGCGUCAAGGUCGGCACCAGGCUGAUUAGAAUUGUAGCUCACGACCAGAAAGACUUUGGCCUUAAUUCUGAGGUUGAGUACUUGAUAACAGGAGGAAACAGCUCCAGGAAAUUCAAGCUAGAUAAAACAAGCGGCUGGAUCACUGUUGCCUCCUCCCUCACGUCUGACGCGAAUACAUUUUUCCUCAUCGACAUCACGGCGACCGACAGAGGAAACCCUCCUCUGUCCUCGCGGACCUCCGUUCGGGUCGCCGUCACGGAGGAGAACCACCACACGCCGGAGUUCUCGCAGAGCCAAGUCUCGGCUACCGUAUCCGAGAGCCUUGUUGUGGGAACGGCCAUCAGGACUCUGUCUGCCAGAGACAAAGACAAAGACAUGAACGGCCUCAUCACAUACGAUAUUACUUCAGGCAACGACGAUGGUCUGUUUUCACUUAACAGUAAGACGGGCGUCUUAUCCCUGGCUCGCCCUCUGGACUUUGAGGAGAAGCAGCAACAUGCUCUCAGAGUCUCAGCCACCGAUGGCGGUUGGAUCGCUAAAACGAGCUACGUCUCCGUCGCGGUGCACGUGAGCGACGUGAACGACAACCCUCCCGUGUUUGACCCCGACGAGUACUUCCCCGUUGUGCAGGAGAACGUUCCCAGCGGCACCACCCUGGUCAAAAUGAACGCCGUCGACCGCGACUCGGGGGCCAACGCGGUCAUGGCGUACGUCAUCCAGUCGUCGGACAGCGACCUCUUCGUCAUCGACCCCAACACGGGCACCAUCACCACCCAGGGCUUCUUGGACUACGAGGCCAAGCAGGUCUACCAUUUGACAGUGAAGGCCUUCAACGUCCCAGACGAGGAGCGCUGCAGCUUCGCCAACGUCAACAUUCAGCUGAAGGGAGCCAAUGAAUACGUACCCCGCUUUGUCUCGAAGCAGUACUACUUUGAAAUAUCUGAAGCCGCUCCAAAACGCACAGUGGUCGGGGAAGUAUUCGCCAGCGACCGAGACCAAGGAGACGAUGGAGUGGUUUACUACCUCAUUUUCGGUAAGAGUCGAAAGAAGGGCUUUGGCAUCAACAGGAAAACGGGCCAGAUUUACGUCACAGGGAGUCUGGACCGCGAGAAAGAGGAAAAGAUUUCACUGAAGGUUUUGGCAAAGAACGCCGGGAGCAUCCGCGGGGCGGAUAUCGACGAGGUGUUUGUGAACAUCACAAUUCUUGAUGCCAACGACCCCCCCGUUUUUACCCAAGAACUGUACGACGUGCAGGUUAGUGAAAGCCUGUCGCCCGGGGGUCUCGUUACCUUUUUGAGUGCUGUGGACUCAGACUCGGUCCCAAGCUGGAGCCGAUUUUCGUACUCCAUCGCUCCUGACUUUGAUGAAAAUGUCUUCACAAUCGACCCGAAAACCGGCCAGGUGUCGGUGGCAGCGGAGCUCGACAGAGAAACCACUCCUGUGUACAAUCUCACAGUUCUCGCUGUGGAUACUGGCACGCCGCCUGCAACCGGGAGCACCACCCUGAUAGUGAACCUGGAAGAUAUCAACGAUAACGGUCCCACUCUGACAGCCGCCUACGCCGAGGUGAUGGAGAAUCAGAGAGCGGGCGUUGUCGUUACGGCGCUAACGGCGUCCGACCCGGAUCUACCACCGAACCAGGGCCCUUUCCUAUUCAGCCUCCUCGGUUCUGGCUCGGCCAAUAGCUACUUCAGCCUUAGUCCGGCCGGAGUGUUGACCACCAGUCGGGAGAUUGACAGGGAACAGAUUAGCAACUUCUACCUCUCUGUCGUGAUCAAGGACUCUGGUGUGCCUCAAAUGUCCUCCACGGGAACUAUUCACGUCAAAAUAAACGAUCAGAACGACAACCCCUCAGAAACGAGGUCCGUGGAAAUUUUCGUCCACUACUUCGGGAACAUGUUUCCUGGGGGUUCUUUGGGAGAUGUCAAACCCCAGGACCCCGACAUCCAGGACAGAUUCCACUGCUCACUUAUUCCCCCGUCCUCGGGCCUGUUUAACAUCCCGACUGGAACAUGCAGCCUCAACUCCAAAGCGCGCUCAACGGACGGAACUUUCGAACUAACCAUCCGCAGCAGCGACGGCGUCCACGGUUCGGUCAGCAACACGGCCCGAGUCCUCUUCGUGGGUUUCACAAAUGCCACGGUGGACAACAGCAUUCUCAUUCGACUCCAGUCUCAAGGAGUUAGAAACUUCCUGACCAACCACUACCUCAGCUUCCUGCGCAUUGCCAACUCUCAGCUGGCGGGCUUGGGCACCGGGGUGCUGCUUUACGGAGCAUUUGAACUCAACAAUCAGACUUUCAUCACGGCAGCUGUGAAACGCGGCCACGGACAAUAUGUCAACCCCAGUGGCGUGGCCACAUUCUUCCAGAGCAUCAAAGACAUUUUAUACAGGCAGAGCGGGGUGCAAAUAGACGCGGUGGACCAUGAUCCGUGCACGCGCAACCCGUGCCAGAAUGGGGGCAGCUGCAAGCGGCGUCUCAGUGUCGGGCCUGAUAUGAAGACAGAGGAAAGCGUCCCAGUGAUCCUUGUUUCCAACCACCCCCUGCAGCCGUACGCCUGCAGCUGCAGGCCGGGCUACACCGGGGGCCUGUGUGAGACGGACAUUAACGAGUGCCAGCCAUCGCCCUGCCACAAUGGCGGCACCUGCCACAACCUGGUGGGGGGUUUCUCCUGCACCUGCCCUGAAGGUUUCACGGGGAUGGCCUGUGAGAGGGAUGUCAACGAAUGCCUUUCCAACCCCUGCAAGAAUGGGGCGCUCUGCCAGAACUUCCCCGGCGGUUUCAACUGCCUCUGCAACUCCGGCUUCGCAGGCAAAACGUGUGAUUCCAUCAUCAAUCACUGUGAGUGUAACCCUUGUUUUAAUGGCGGGUCCUGUCAGAAUCGGGUGGACGGAUAUUACUGUCAUUGUCCAUUUGGGGUUUUCGGCAAACACUGUGAACUUAACAGCUACGGCUUCGAGGAGCUCUCCUACAUGGAGUUUCCGUCCCUGGAUCCCAACAACAACUACAUCUAUAUCAAGUUUGCUACCCUGAAGAGCAACGCGCUGCUCAUGUACAACCACGACAACCAGACCGGAGACAAGGCCGAGUUCCUGGCUCUGGAGAUCUUGGAGGGACGGAUGCGCUUCUCCUUCAACCUGGGAAGUGGAACUUAUAAACUGAUGACCAUGAUAAAAGUUUCGGACGGGCAGUUCCACACAGUGAUCGCCAGGAGAGCCGGGAUGGCUGCUUCCCUGACGGUGGACCUGUGUGGUGACGACCAGGAACCAGGCUACUGCGCCGUGAGCAAUGUGGCAGUGCACACGGACUGGAUCCUGGACGUGCAGCCCAACAGGCUCUCGGUCGGCGGCGUCGGGUCAAUAGAACCCGUCCUUCACCGCCGCGGUCAGGUCGCCACCCACGACUUUGUCGGCUGCAUCAUGGAGUUCGCCGUCAACGGCCGCCCGCUGGAGCCCAGUCAGGCGCUGGCAUCGCGUGGCAUCCUUGACAGAUGCCCGAGACUGGAAGGAGCCUGCACCGCCAGCCCCUGCAGACACGGGGGCACCUGCCUGGACCGCUGGUCCUGGCAGCAGUGCCAGUGCGUGGACGGCUUCACCGGCAGGUUCUGUGAGAAGUACAUGACGGCGGACACGGCCCUGUCCAUGGACGGCACGGGCCGCCUGGACUACUCCCUGAAGCAGGGCCCGAAGCGCGACGUCCUCCUGAGGCGGUUGCUGCAGGGCGCGACCUCCGACCCCGCGCGCCCCAGCAGCCUGGAGGUCAAGUUCAGGACGCGCAGCAAGAGCGUCACCCUGCUGCACGUGCAGGAGAGCAGCAACUACACCACUGUGAAGCUGAGGAACGGCAACGUCCACUACGUCUCGGAGGCGGGCGUCGGGGGGAAGGUGGAGCGGACGCUGGGGGACGCGGCGCUGGCGGAUGGCCUGUGGCACACGCUCCACCUGCUGAAGAACGGCUCCACCACGGUGCUGCUGGUGGACGGCAGCCACUCCAGGGUCAUCCAGCACGCCACCCAGGACUUCGGAGGUCUCGGCGUGGUGACCUUGUCCCUGGGAGGGAUCCCCCCGGGACCCGCCCAGCAGAAGACCGCUGCAGGGUUCGACGGCUGCUUGGCCUACGUGAAGUACAACGGCGAGAACCUGCCCUACGCCGGAGAGCACGGCCUGGUCGCCUUGACCAAGACCAGCUCGUCCGUCAAGAUCGGCUGCAGGGGUCCCGACCUGUGCCAGAGCAGCCCGUGCUGGGACGGCCUGAUGUGCGUCAACCAGUGGUACACGUACCAGUGCGUCGCGCCCGGCGACUGCGGCUCCAGCCCCUGCCAGAACCGCGGCAGCUGCGUGCCGGACCCCCGCUCGGGCUUCACCUGCGUCUGCUCAGAGUUCUACACCGGCAAGAGCUGCGAGACCCUGGUGGCGUGCCUGGGCGUCCAGUGCCCCGCGGGGAACGUCUGCAAGUCGGCCAACAACGGCGGGUUUGUCUGCAGCGAGAGCCCCUCCUCCGAGAAGGUGGUGCUCCCCAUCUGGGCGGUGCCGGCCAUCGUCGGCAGCUGCGCCACCGUCCUGGCCUUGGUGGUGCUCAGCUUGAUCCUGUGCAACCACUGCAGGGGUCGCAACAAGACCAAAGUGCCCAAGGAGCCCAAGGAGAAGAAACCCAAGGAGGAGAAGAAGAAGAAGAAGAAGACGAAGAAGAAAAAGGGCAGCGAGAACGUGGCGUUCGACGACCCGGAUAACAUCCCGCCGUACGGAGAUGACAUGACGGUUCGGAAACAGCCAGAGGGGAACCCCAAGCCGGACAUCAUUGAGAGGGAGAACCCCUAUCUGAUCUACGACGAAACGGACCUCCCCCACAGCAACGAGACCGUGCCCAGCGCCCCCUGCGCGCCCUGCAGCGGCCCGGAGGCGGACAUCGAGCACUACGACAUCGACAACGCCAGCAGCAUCGCCCCCUCCGACGCCGACAUCAUCCAGCACUACAAGCAGUUCCGCAGCCACACGCCCAAGUUCUCCAUCCAGAGACACAGCCCGCUGGGCUUCGCCAGGCAGUCGCCCCUCCCACUCGGAGCGACCAGCUACACCUAUCAGCCGCAGUACACCCAGGCGCUGAGGUCCACCCCGCUCAGCCACUCCCACUCGGCGUGCCCGACGCCGAACCCGCUCUCCAGACACUCUCCGGCGCCGUUCGCCAAGCCGUCCUCCUUCUACCGGAACACUCCCACCAGGGAGCUCAACCUGGCCCGCCGCGAGGGCAGCCCGCUGGACCACCACCACCAUCACGCCGACAUGUGCCAGCCGCCGCCGCCGCCCAUGUUCAACUACGCCACCCGGCUGGGGCGGCGCAGCAAGAGCCCGCAGACCAUGGCGGGCCACGGCCACGCCUCCAGGCCGGGCAGUCGGCUCAAGCAGCCGAUCGAGCAGAUCCCCCUGGAGACGGGCCCCCCCGUGGGGCUGUCCAUCGAGGAGGUGGAGCGGCUGAACACGCUGCGCCCGCGCAACCCCAGCAUCUGCAGCGCCGACCACGGGCGCUCCAGCUCGGAGGAGGACUGCCGCAGGCCGCUGUCGAGGGUCCGCAACCCGGCCGACGGCAUCCCCGCCCCGGAGUCCUCCUCGGAGAGCGACUCGCACGACUCCUUCACCUGCUCGGAGAUGGAGUACGAGCGGGACAAGCCGGCGUCCUACGGCUCCCGGGUCCCCAAGCUCUCGCAGGUCAACGAGUCGGACGCCGACGACGAGGACUACGGCGGGAGGCUGAAGCAGAGGCGCUACUCCAGUCGCAGGGCGGAGGGGGGGCCCGGCGUUCCCCAGGUGCCCCCCAGCGAGCAGCACUACACGCUGCCCCACAAGCUGGGCCAGCAGCAGGCCGCCGGGGGCUUCAACUGGGACAACCUGUUGAGCUGGGGCCCCGGCUUCGGACAUUACGUAGACGUGUUCAAGGACCUGGCCUUGCUGCCGGAGAACGCGGCGGCAAACGACAUAGAGAUGAACAGCGGGGACGGCUCGGUGACCAUCCUGAACGAGGGGGAGGCCGAGCAAUAUGUAUGAGGCUAUUUAUUACCGCGUUCCUCGGGACAUUCGACCCGGAAACAAUGAAAAAGGAAGACUGUACAUUUCAGGAGACCGUUGGACUACAUGUUUCUUCUCUUCAUUGGGAAUUAAAAGACGACUUUCAAUGCAGUAAGGCAGACGUGUGGCGCCUGUAACGUGACGGACUUUUUGUCAUGAGCCACCUCGGGAAUAGUUUACCAGUCUUUUUUUUUUUUUUUUUUAAAGGUCCAAAGUCAACUGUACGUUCGUGCAUUCAUUCCUCCGGGGGCCUCGUCGCAACGUUUCCAUUCACACCGAAACCUGCUCGAAAAAAAAAAAAAAAGAAUUGAAUUUAGUGACUGCGAAGCUGCGCUCCUGUUAUCUUGAUCCAACAUGUCUGUGUUUUAUUACCAGCACUGCCGCUCCUUGGCUUUUAAAAACAUUUCUGUCGCGUUCGCAGCCGAGCGAUAAGACGCUCGAUAACACUCACGGGCCGAAAGGAAACUACCCGAGCACCGCGUCUUCUUUUGGGGUCCAUUUUUCUAAUUUACUUAAACGGAAGCACGUGUGUUUGAUCCGGCUUCACCUGCAGCUGAGGGGACGCGGCCCCCUCGGCGUGGAAGUCGGCGCCGCUCUGCUCGCACGGUGCGACCCCCCUCCCCCCCGCCCGCCAGCGGCGUGAUCCCUUUUCCUCUCGUCACGGCCAUUGUGGUGCUUUUUUAAAAUUAUUUUAUUUUAAGACUGGCUAGACGCUCCAAGUGAGGAUUAAUCAUGGCCGCUGCCUUACAGUCAUUUGAGGAUUU